AUGCUUGCUAUGAGAUUUUUAUUAAAUUUUAUUUUUUGUAACUUCAUUUUUUCUAAACCUCAAAUCAAUUUUCAUUACACAGAUGUAGAAGUUGAAAAUGAAAUUAGUAAUGGAUUACGAUAUAAUUGUUUACGUAUUACUUUAACUGGUAAUGUUGGUAUGAAGCGUGAAUUUAAAACUUAUUGUAUGAAUAAAUUGUUAUGGAAACUUCAUGUUAAAAACAAUAAUACUUUCCAAAAGUUUACCUUUGGCGAGUUAGUUAAACAAAAUAUUACUAGUCAACAAUUAUAUCAUUGGUCAGCACCGAUUGAUCUAGCUGAGCAUUAUCAAUUCUAUUUGAAUCACUUAUCAACAUCAAAUGAUACAUCUUUGGAAACACAAACUUACUAUAAUUGUACAUUUCCAAGAUUUGGAUCUACGUGCCAACAUGAAAUUUAUUUGAACCCUAGAAAUUAUUCAUAUAUUGAUGAAGUGGUUCAAAACUUCAUUGCAGAUAAUACAUAUGCUCGAAAGACUUCGACUUGUUAUAUGCAUUUAUUAUGUAAUCGUGGUCCUACAUCAGCAUGUUUAGAUUGGAGAGAAAUUUGUGAUGGACAAGUGGAUUGUAUCAAUAGUAAGAUUGACGAAGAAAAUUGUUGGCAACUUGAAAUAAAUGAAUGUAAUGAUAAUGAAUAUCAGUGUACUAACGGACAAUGUAUACCAAUGUCGUUUUUUAAAGAUGAGAGCAGCACUCCGGAUUGUCUUGAUGGUUCUGACGAAUAUGACAGUUAUACGACAGAGUAUUGUAAAUAUAAUCCAUCAGUAAAUGGUUGUGGUACAGACAGGAAGUGGUUUACUUAUCUGUCAAGCUAUCAAAAUCCGCAUCGUACAAAAGAACUGUUGACAGCGAUAUAUUCGAUCGAAGAUAAUUCUAUAUCUAAACAAUGUUUAUCAGCUGUAAAAUCCAUUUUUCGAAUACAUAUGCCAUUUGAAAGCAGUUUUCCAGCACUUUGUGAAGCAUCAUUAUAUGGAAUUUGUCAUUGUCAGGUUUAUAAUCCAGAAUGGUGUGAAGAUGAAGAUUUUCAUAUCUAUAAGACAAGAAUGAAUAUUUCAUUUCAAUACAUUUGUAAUGGAUAUACCAAUAUAUCUCCAAUAAUCAUUGAAGGUAAAAGUGAAACAGACGAGACAGAAUGUGAACAAUGGCCAUGCAAUAACAUUUAUACUCGUUGUGAUGGCCUUUGGUCUUGUUCGAAUGGUGCAGAUGAAACGGACUGUAAUUCAUAUUCAACAUUAAAUUGUUCAACAGCUGAACACAUAUGUGUCUCGCCUUAUACAAAUCAACUCAUAUGUAUAUCUGUUGACAAAGCUAAUGAUGGCAAUAUUGAUUGUCUUGGUGCUACUGACGAGCCUAAAUUAUGCGAAAGGAUAGAAGACAUUAAUGUUAUCUCUCGUUUUUACUGUACUGAUGAUAAUAAUUUCUUAUGCCUUGCUACAACCAGAUUGUGUGAUAAGAAAAACGAUUGUCCAUUGAACGAUGAUGAACGAUUUUGCUCAACGAAUAGUGUAAAUCUCAUCAAAUCUAGUGGUAUAUGUGCUCAGAGCAAUUUUUCUAUUAUUUCUGAUACCGAGCGUCUCUUAUGUCAUUCAACACAUCGCAGGUUAAAAGAACCAAUGAAAUAUUUUUCAUUAGAUACAACUAAAAACUCUUUUCCAUGGCCAACGAAAGCUUUGCCAACAAACACAUUAAUGGAAACAGAUGGUUUUGAAUUGUUUGGCGUACACAAUCUUAGAUGUCAUCAUGGUAUUCCUAUGUUUGUUUGGUCGGAUAUGGAAAAAAACAUCAGAUCGAAUGCAUGCCUUUGUCCAUCAGAUUUUUAUGGUGAUAGUUGCGAAUAUCAAAAUCAACACGUAAAUAUCAUCAUUAGAUUUCAAGCAUUAUCAGAUUUCUGGUCAACAUUAUUUGCAAUAAUUGUUUCACUUAUCGAUGAUAGCGACGAAAGAAUAAUCCAGUCAUUUGAACAAUUUACAUAUUUAUCAAUGAGAGAUUGUAAAAUUAAAUUUAAUGCUUAUUUACUCUACUCAACUCAAUCAAAAAAUCAAACAAAAAAUUACGCGAUACAUAUUGAUAUCUAUGAAAAGAUUUCAUUGACUUAUCGAGGAAGUCUANUUACAUUUCUUAAGUAA